AUGGCCGACGAGAAAGUCAACCAGAUGCGAGGCUACAAGGCCACCCUCAACAACCCCCGCGUCUCCGACGAAGCCAAGCAGCACGCCCAGGACGUCCUCGACAACGAGCUCGGCGGCGACCAGCCUCACGAGGAGAUUCUGACAGCCCAGGGCGCUCGCGACAAGUCCCCCAACCGAGUGGCGGGCGGUUACAAGGCCGCGAUGAGCAACGACUCGAUCUCGAAGCAGGGGAAAAAGCAGGCCAAGGAGAAGCUGGCCGAGAUGCCGCAGGAGUAA